UAGGGCUCAACUCUCCAUCUCUGUUCACAGCUCUUUCUGUCUCCUUCCCACUUUCUCCCCCUUUCUGUCUCCCUCUCUCUCUCUCUCUAUUCCUCUGCAGCUUUGUUGGACUCCAGCUCUCUCCAGCAGUACUGCACGUAAGACCCGAAACCUCCUACACCUCAACACAGCAGGAGACCUUUUUGAAGCUGCAUUUUCACAUCUCAGAGAGGGAAAUCCAUCCAAGCAGCCACCAUGGAGGCCAUCAAGAAGAAGAUGCAGAUGCUGAAACUGGACAAGGAGAACGCCAUCGACCGGGCGGAGCAGGCGGAGACGGACAAGAAGGCAGCAGAGGACAAAUGCAAGCAGAUGGAGGAGGAGCUGAUGGACCUCCAGAAGAAGAUGAAGCAGACAGAGGACGAACUGGACAAAUUCUCUGAGGGCCUGAAAGACGCUCAGGAGAAACUGGAACUGUCUGAGAAGACGGCUGCAGACGCGGAGGGUGAUGUAGCAGGUCUGAACCGUAGGAUCCAGCUGGUGGAGGAGGAGUUGGACCGAGCCCAGGAGAGGCUGGCCACGGCGCUGCAGAAACUGGAGGAGGCUGAGAAGGCCGCAGAUGAGAGCGAGAGAGGGAUGAAGGUGAUCGAGAACCGAGCAGGCAAGGAUGAGGAGAAGAUGGAGAUUCAGGAGAUGCAGCUGAAGGAGGCUAAACACAUCGCUGAGGAGGCCGACCGUAAAUACGAGGAGGUGGCCCGUAAACUGGUGAUCCUUGAGGGAGAGCUGGAGAGAGCUGAGGAGAGGGCCGAGCUGUCAGAAUGUAAAGCCAGUGACCUGGAGGAGGAGCUGAAAAAUGUGACCAACAACCUGAAGUCCUUAGAAGCCCAGUCUGAGAAGUACUCAGAAAAAGAAGACAAGUACGAAGAGGAGAUCAAAGUUCUUACUGACAAACUGAAGGAGGCUGAAACCCGUGCAGAGUUUGCAGAGAGGACAGUGGCCAAACUGGAAAAGUCCAUUGAUGAUCUGGAAGAGAAAUUAUCACAUGCCAAAGAGGAGAAUCUGGGCAUGCAUCAAGUCCUGGACCAGACCCUGCAGGAACUGAACAGCUUAUAAACACACAGAGAGGAAGCUGGAGAGGAUGACAUCGUCAUGUAACAUUCCUUUAAAUGUUCGACUCCAUUCCACAUUUCGAGCUGUAAAAUCUUCCCCGUGUGAAGGGGGAUUAACUUAAUGCUUGUCCCUUGAUGUUUUGUUUUUUUUCUAAGGCACAACUUUCUUCUUCUUUUUUUUUUAAGAUGGGAUGUCAUUUUGAUCCCAUCGCUUCUUUCUUUUUAUCUCCAGCUGUGAUUGCAGAAA